AUGGGAACGAAGGGCAAAGGAAUAGAGGGAGACAUAGUACAAGUUCAAGGCCAUCACAUUCUUCGGUCAACUAGCCAGAAGGACCGGCACAGCAAGGUCUACACCGCGAAAGGCCCGAGAGAUAGAAGAGUUAGGCUUUCUGCUCAUACCGCAAUCCAAUUUUACGAUGUCCAGGACAGGUUAGGCUACGACAGGCCUAGCAAGGCAGUCGAUUGGCUAAUUGAAAAGGCGAAAGACGCCAUUGAUAAGCUAGAUGGGCUACCCCCUUUGCACCCGAACGAUACUUCAAUCGCUCAAAAUUCAGAAUCUAAUCCUAGUUCGAGUGGGACAAAAGUUAAAAUUCAACCAGAAUCUUCGUUUAUUCAGCCCGAAUCUGACACAGAAUUCAUGAACACGAUGAAAUCUUUCUUCCCAACAGGUUCCAGUGCAGCUUCUUUGAUGAAUUUUCAGAAUUUUCCACAUGAUAUGAUGUCCAGAGCCUCAUUCCAGGCUGAAGACCUUGGUCUUUCACUUCACACUUUGCAAGACCAAAAUCCGAGGCCUUCGACUAAUCCAGGCCUGCCUGGGAACUCCUUCAAUCCAAUUACUCAAACUUUACUCGACAGCAUCAACAGCCAAGUGUUCACCAAUCUUCGGAUUCUGGUAGCCAUUUUGCGUUUGGUUUUCAAGUUCCAGCUCGAAUUCAUGGAGACGACGAGCCAGAAACUCAGAAUUAAAAGAAGACAAAUUCAUUUCCAUCAUCAGGAGAUCCCAGCCUUGAAGAUUUUUCAGCAACUCAAUAGCAAGAGUGGAAAAGUUCAUAUGGCUCAAUAUUUUGUGCUUAUUUUGUUAUCAUGUCCUCCAUUUACAAUUUUGCCUCUCAAAUUUCAAUAUUUAAUUUUCUGUACUAAGAACCAGGAUUGA